AUGGUAGAGCAACGACUUAACGAUUCGGUUCGUGCUAAGCCACCAUAUAGAAUAUCGAGGCGCGGCAAGAAGGCUGCUGCCACUGAGUUCACCGUGUAUGCUGCGGCUUUCGCAGAUGCUCAAAAGGAUCUUUACGAUAAGGAUAAGAACCCUAAGGGAUUCAUCCCAAUGUGCAUGGCAGAGAAUAGGACUAUGGGAGGUGAUGUGGAGAAAAAAUUCAGGAAAACUCUCGCGGAGCUCGCCGCAGAUCCUGCUUUCCCAAGGCAUCAACUGUGUGACUAUGGUGAUUCGUCUGGUAUGCACAACUUUAAACACGCCGUUUCUCGGGCUGUCUCCACUCACCUGGCAUCUCCUGAAGUAGCUGUCAAAGCUCUGGAGAAGGUUACCGACCAGUACGUUAUGAGUGAACAGAAAAUGCAAGCUGAAGACAUCUUAUGUAUCACCAACGGGUGUGGUUCUGCCAUGAAUAUGGUCUCUUUCUGUCUGGGUGAUGGUGACGGCAAAGAUUGUUUCAUCACCACUUAUCCUGCUUAUCCUGUCUUCGCUACUGAUUGUGGGCUGGAAGCUAACAUUCCAGUGAAGUUUGUUGUGAAAACAACUGAAGAAGACGGUUUCCGGAUCAACCUGAAAACUCUCGAUAGUGCCUACAAGCAAUGUGUAAGUGAAGGUUAUCGUCCCCGUGCCCUUAUCACGACUGAUCCCGGCAACCCGAUGGGAAGUGUUGCCAGUGUUGAGGAGCUCCGUGCUUUACGAAAUUGGUGCGGUCUGAAUGGAUUAUGGUGGAUCUCUGAUGAGAUUUAUGGCUGCAGUGUACAUAAUGAUUGCAAUCGCCCUCAUAUUUCGGCCUUGAGUCUACCACUUCUUGAAGGGGACAUCGAUCCUCCGACACUGGUGCUCUGGGGCUUCAGCAAGGACAUGGCACUCUCGGGCAUGCGUGUUGGCUUCAUUAUGAAUGUCCCACGGCAGAGGAAUUGGGAACUUAUCGAGGCUAUCCGACAUGCUGCUACCAAGCAGUAUGGUAUAUUCUCAAUGGUCAGCCCUGUUGCCCAGGAGGUGUGCACUAGGAUGCUCUCUGACGAUGAAUGGUUGCCGAGAUUUCUUCAGAUCUCCAGAGAUCAUCUAACGGCAUGUAAGCGUAUAUUGUGUGAUGGAUUGGCUAAGUUGAACAUACCUUAUUUCGAGCCUCAUGCCGGUCUCUUCCUAUGGUGUGAUCUCACAGAGUUCCUUAAAUCGGACGACUCUGAUGGGUUGGGUCUCUUCAACACCCUAAAGUCAGAUCCGUAUAAGAUGGUCAUAUCUCCGGGUAGUUGCUUCUUCGCUGACAAGCCUGGUAUGAUGAGACUAUGUUAUGCUUGGAUGACUGAUGGUCAGGAGGCUUGUAGGGAAGUUAUCAGGCGACUGAGCCAUCUAGCUCAGGAGAGUCGGAAGGGAGAAUUUUAAUGUUUCUCAACUGUUUCGGACUUUAUGAGUUUUUAUAUAAACGACCGGAAGCAGCGUUCAGCUCUAUUUGGUGUGUUCUCAAAAGAUAUUUGGUUUGCAAUUUCAUUGAUUUCUAAUCUCUUAUCGUUUCUUACUACGUAAUGUAAUGUACGAUGCUAUCGAACUUCAAUUGUGCUUGUUGAGGCUCUUUUUUCAUUAGAGCACUUGAAGUGGCAUUAGUCAACCUCUUCAGUGAUAGUUGUUCAGACUACUCAUAGCAAUAGAGCAAUAGCUUGUAAAGAUAAUCAGCGUCUCUAAUA